CAGAUUGAUUAUAAGGACACAUAGAAAAGCACUUCACCCGGAUCAAAAUCUACAUCAGAUACUCGCAAAAUGUCGCACAAGAUAUUCGAAAUGGGAUGGAAGGGCCGCGGCCACUACCAGGGAGGCUCCGGCUUCCUGGGGUUCCUGUUCGAGCCUGACCCUCGGCCGAGGCCAACGAGCUGCCAGAGGAUGGAGUGGGAGUACAACAUGUGCACCUGGGCCAUGUUGCAGCUUCGCCUCAAAGCGGAUCUGCAGGGUUGCGCGGCUCUCUGGGAUAUAUUUGCUGCAGCGGCUCUCAACUAUCGCCGCGACUCGCGAUUGCUUCCUUCCUUUCCCAAGCGCUUUCUGGAACCCAACAUUGAUCUGCUGUGCCACACGGUGGCUGAUGUGCCGCCUCUCGAGGGCCUUCUGCAGGAUGUGAUCGAAAGCGGGUGCUAUCAGGGCUCGUACCAUGUCGUUCAGCUUCUGUACACGGUCCUCGUGGAGCAAGGCGAUAUAGCCACCCUGCGGACCAUCGACAAGGAGAAGAUCGAGCUUCUGUACGAUUACCUGGCCGUCCCAACUCCAAAGACCUCGCCCACCCACGUCUUUGAGGUGGCAAGAGGCAGGAAAAUGUCCCGUCGCCGCGAAGUCUAUGAGGCACUGAAGGCAAACCAUCGCGGGUCCGUGUGCUGUGGUUUCCUGGCCUGCAAGCCGGAAAUGGUCUAUGCCCUGAUCCAUAGGGAAGCCCUUCCCUCUCCCAUGGUCCUAGCCAUCGAUGCGGACGAGGCUCUGGCACUGUCGGAAUACUGCAGUGGCGGCUCCCCCUUUCGGUACGUGGCCAUCGUGGAGUUUCUACGGCUGGACAACGAGAUGACACACGACAUGCGACACGUGAUUAUCAGCAAUCCCAAGACCAUGGAGAUCGGCUACCUAAUGUUCUACGACCGGAGCUGUGACGGCAAGCUGCAGGAAGAGGCGACCGAGAUCAGUCGCUUCCAAAGCUUCGGCCGAGAGGCCGCUUCAUCAACGAUCUAUUAUGGUAGGAAGAUGUACACCUUUCUUCGCGCUGGCCUUGAAGCCAUGGGGCUGCGAUUUUUAUAAGGAUAUUUCCUUAGCUUUCAAAUGAUUCUUUCUGUCACUCUCUCUUUGGGUAGGGGGUGUGGCUUGGGGGCGCCCAUAAAUAACAACAAUUUAGCAUUCACAAGUG